AGCGUCUGUGUACCAGGGGCAGGGAGCUCUGGGGCUGCCCUAGCCGGCAUGGGCUGCGUUCACUCUGGAGCCUAUUGACACAGCAGCCAGGCCAGGACAGGGCCACCUCUGCCCCUGAUGCUGCGGGGACCCGGAAGGCGGGUGGUGCAGCAGCCCCGGGGCUCAUGUAUGCCCACAAGGCUGCCUGUUCGACCGCCGGCUCUGCUCCCCGCAGGAGGUCUGCAUGCCUGACGGGCUGUUCGGGCAGUGCCAGGUGGGCGCGGGGCCCGACCCCCCCCACUUCCAGGUCACCUCGGCUGUGCUCCGGCGCCUGCAGGACAUCCUGCGUCACCUCAUGGGGCAAGGGCUGUCGUGGCAGGAUGACAUCACCCAGUACGUGAUCUCCCGGGAGAUGGAGCGCAUCCCGCGGCUCCGGGACCCUGCGCCUGAGGAGAGGCUGGUGCCGCACCCCAGCGUGCCACGCAGGGCCCCGUUCCCGGCGCAGUCGGCCCAGCCCCCACGCUACCCGGAGCACCUGCUGCUGCCCCUGUUGCCCGAGCUGGGCUACGAGGGAGCCCUGCUGCACCCCUACUCCUACCGCAAGUUCGGCUACCAGGACACCCCGCGCCCACUGGGCCCCUUCCCGGGCGACACGGCCGGCCGCAGCCCCGAGGCCCCCGCGCUGCUGGGCAGAGCCCCUGGCCCGGUACCCCCUGCUGUCUUUGGGGCCAGCCCUGUGCCGUCCUACGGGGCGCCGGCGGGGCCGGAGGGGGGGCCUCUCUUCCAGGACCUGGGCAUGCUCUACCUGUCCAGAGAGAUGGGUGCCCGGCCGGGCCCUGCCGGCGCCAGAGCCCAGCGUGAGCCGGGGCACCCCCAGGACGGCAGAGACCGUGCUUUGGAGAAGCAUCUGGCACCGGACCCCCGCAAGCCCCCCACGGAGCCAGCAGACGCGGCCCUGCAGAAGGUGCUGGUCAGCUACGGCCUGGGGCUGCAGGACCUGACCCCCGAGCAGGUCAGCACCCUCUCCGCCCUGCUGCAGCUGAUCCAGAGCUCGGGCGGCUUUGGCCCCACGGCCCUGGACACGAAGCGGGUGACGGAAGGGGAGAUGCAGCACGGGGGGGAGCCGGAACCGCCGGCCUCCACCCCGCCGCCCCCCGAGACCGCGGCCUCCCCUGCCCCGGGGCUGCCCACGGUGCCAGGCCAUGCCCUGCCCUCGCCGCACCCUGGCCUACUGGAGAAAAAGAGCUACGGGGAUGUGCCAGGGCGCACUGGGGCCGGGGCCCCGAUUCUGACCCGGCCCCCCGAGGAGUACGGCUACAUCGUCACCGACCAGAAGCCCCUGAGCUUGGCUGACGGCAUCCGGCUGCUGGAGGUCCUGGCGGAGCGUGUCCACCUCUCCACUGCCAGCUUCAUCAACAUCAGCAUCGUGGGCCCCGCGCUCACCUUCCGGCUGCGGCAGAACCCCCAGAACCUGUCGCUGGCCGACGUCGCCGACCGGGCCGGGCCAUCCGCCGUGGCUGCCUGCCUCCACCACCACGCCAAGCGGCGCGAGAAAGAGCGCCUGGUCGCCCUGGGGCCCGAGGGUGCCGCCGACACCCCCUUCGAGUACCAGGAGCUGUGCCGCCAGCACAUGGCGGCCAAGUCGCUGUUCGGGCGGGCAGAUCCGCCCGCGCCGGCCGAGACCUCCCGCGUCAGCAGCGUCUCGUCCCAGUUCAGCGACGCGCCGCAGGCCAGCCCCAGCUCGCACAGCAGCACGCCGUCCUGGUGCGAGGAGCCCGCCCAGUCCAACAUGGACAUCUCCACCGGCCACAUGAUCCUGGCCUACAUGGAGGACCACCUGCGCAACCGGGACCGCCUGGCCAAGGAGUGGCAGGCGCUGUGCGCGUACCAGGCUGAGCCCAACGCCUGCUCCAUCGCGCAGAGCGAAGCCAACCUGAAGAAGAACCGGCACCCUGACUUCGUGCCUUAUGACCAUGCACGGAUCAAGCUGAAGGCCGAUUGCAGCCCGUCCCGCAGCGACUUCAUCAACGCCAGCCCCAUCAUCGAGCAUGACCCGCGGAUGCCGGCGUACAUCGCCACGCAGGGGCCGCUGUCCCACACCAUCGCUGACUUCUGGCAGAUGGUGUGGGAGCACGGCUGCACCGUCAUCGUCAUGCUGAGCCCCCUGGCCGAGGACAGCGUCAAGCAGUGCGACCGCUACUGGCCCGACGAGGGCUCCUCCCUCUACCACGUCUACGAGGUGAACCUGGUGUCGGAGCACAUCUGGUGCGAGGACUUCCUGGUGCGCAGCUUCUACCUGAAGAACGUGCAGUCGCAGGAGACGCGCACGCUCACCCAGUUCCACUUCCUGAGCUGGCCGGCCCAGGGCCUCCCCGCCACCACGCGGCCCCUGCUCGACUUCCGCAGGAAGGUGAACAAGUGCUACCGCGGCCGCUCCUGCCCCAUCAUCGUGCACUGCAGGUAACACCCGCGGGGGGGACACGGCCGGGCCACGGGAGCGCGGGACAGCCCCACGGCUGGCGG